AACGUCCCCGCGAUGGCAAGAGCCAAGCACCGCCGUGCCCCCACCCCUGCUAGCGCGCUCUCGUCCAACGCUUCUUUGACAGGCAGAGCGGCCGUGAUCGUGUGCGUCAGCCAUUCACGUUCGCGCGCGAGCGUAUCAGUCCGCUGCCCUCGAGCUCCGGCUUCCCACCGUGAAGGAUGCGCCGGUUGCCAGCCAAGUAGUCUCUCAUUCUGUGUGCCCCGUGCACACGCAUCCAGAGGGGAUCGCUACCUGGUCGGUCGCGCCGCGAGCCCCAGUCGACUGUUUGCGGAACAGGCUAAAGGACUCGCUGCACUCCCUCUGCUGAUCCCGUUGCACAUUAAAGAGCGCGCCUGCCCGGCCUCUACCUUGCUCUUGCUCUUUAUUCUGCCCUUCCUUCUUGCGCAGACCGCCCAUCAUGGACCACGAAAAGGUCGCUCCCGUCGACGAAAAGGCCCCCCAUGGCGUUACUCAACCCACCGUCUCCUCCCAGGAGGGCGAGUACCAGGGUGAAUGGCGUGAACAGGAGGACUUCAUGACCCGCAACGGUCUCAACCUGAAGUCCUUCCAGCGUCGUCCCAAGGGUGGCCCAUUGAUUGUCCUCGACAAGUCCAUGAAGACGCGCCAUCUGCACAUGAUUGCCAUCGGUGGUUCCAUCGGUGCUGGUUUCUUCGUCAGUUCUGGUAAAGCUCUUGCUACUGGUGGCCCUGCCUCGCUCUUCCUGGAUUUCUCCAUCAUGGGUAUCAUGAUCUUCAACGUCGUAUACGCUCUUGGUGAACUCGCUGUCAUGUACCCGGUCUCUGGUGGUUUCUACACCUACUCUACUCGCUUCAUCGAUCCAUCCUGGGGUUUCGCCAUGGGUUGGAACUACGUUUUCCAAUGGGCUAUUGUCCUGCCGCUCGAAAUCAACGUUGCUGCACUCACUAUCGCAUAUUGGCCGAGCGCCGCUGGCGUCUCCAUUGGAGUCUGGAUGUUCAUAUUCUGGUUUUUCAUCAUUCUCAUCAACGUUUUCGGAACCCUGGGAUACGCUGAGGAAGAAUUCUGGUCUUCUUGUCUCAAGUUGUCUGCGACCGUCAUCUUCAUGAUCAUUGCGUUGAUCUUCGUUCUCGGUGGAGGCCCCGAUAACGGUAUCUACAACGAGUACUGGGGUGCCCGUCUUUGGUACGACCCCGGCGCAUUCAGGAAUGGCUUCAAGGGCUUCUGUAGUGUCUUCGUCACUGCUGCCUUCGCCUUCUCUGGUACCGAGCUUGUCGGUCUCGCGGCUGCCGAGACGAAGAACCCUCUCAAGUCGCUUCCCGGUGCUGUUCGUCAGAUUUUCUGGCGUAUUACCCUCUUCUACGUCCUCGGUCUUACCUUCGUCGGUCUGCUCGUCCGCUCUGACAACAAGGAUCUUCUCGGUGAAUCUGGCGCCAACGCCUCGCCCUUCGUCAUUGUCGGUCGGGAUGGCGGUCUCAAAGGAUUCGACAGCUUCAUGAAUGUCGUCAUUCUGGUUUCCGUUAUUUCCAUCGGUGUCUCUGGUGUUUACGGUGGUUCUCGUACUCUGACUGCCCUUGCCGAACAAGGAUACGCCCCCAAGGUCUUUACCUACAUGGACCGUUCCGGUCGCCCGCUCUGGUCCGUCGUGUUCGUCCUCAUGUGGGGUGCUCUCGCCUACAUGAACAUGGCCACGACCGGUGUCACAGUCUUCAACUGGUUCGUCUCGCUUUCUGGUCUCGCCGCCCUCUUCACCUGGGGAUCCAUCUGCCUCGCCCACAUCCGCUUCCGCAGGGCUUGGGCUUACCACGGCCACACUGUGGAUGAGAUUCCAUUCAAGGCAGCUGGUGGUGUCUACGGAUCCUGGCUCGGUCUUACCAUCAUCUUCAUUGUUCUUGUUGCUCAGUUCUACACCGCUGUGUCCCCCAUCGGCAGCAAGACCGGUACCGCCGAGCAGUUCUUCUCGGCUUACCUUGCUCUCUUCGUCGUCGCGCUUUUCUGGAUUUGUGGUUACUUCUGGAAGCGCACUGGAUGGCUCAGGACUUCUCAGAUGGAUGUUGACACCGGCCGUCGUGAGCUCGACUGGGACCUCAUCAAUCGCGAGCGCGAGGAGAUGAAGACCUGGCCCGUAUGGAAGCGGUUCUUCGCCCGAAUCUUCUAAACACACUAUUGCAUGACUUGUCGUGUUAACGGUAUGUUAUGGGAUGCUUUAGGGAGAUGUCGCAAUGUGGUGACGCAGAGAUGAUACCUAUUAGUUAUGUGUGUAAUACUUACCUUCGCUCGAAUGAAAGAAAGUUCUCAUACUUUUCUAUUCUCGAGACAAUACCUUUUUACCUGCAAUGUGUUUGAAUCAUCAGCUCCAGGCGGCUUCUAUGCCAUGGCUUUCCUAUAGUCUAACUUGGACGCAGGCCUCUAAAAGCUCUAUUUGUUGCUGCGCCCUAGUUUUUACCACAUCCUACAUGCCAGACCGAGCCCGUCGAUACUGUAUGCGAAGUGUAUCAGGACUGGGCAAUGGCAAGGGCAGCAAGAGUUUAUCCUGGCAUUAGAGCUGCAUGGCAAACUUGGAAGCUCCAAGAGAAGUUAUGCCGAAAGAAGAAGUUGUGUCUCUC